AUGAAGAAAGUGAUUAUGAAGGCACAGCAUCUGCCUUCUGUUUUCAUCAAUGAAGAGAAGUUCGUAACCAGAGAGCAGCUCAGUUCUCUUCUGAAGAAUUAUAACUCUUACUAUUCAGAUCAAGAGAAUCUGCAACUGACAUAUAAUCAGCAGGAAGGAAGCACCCCCUUCAUUGAAGGAAUCCUGUCGAUAUUCUGGGGCGUGCGGCAUCCUAUCAGAUUAAAGAUUCAGGAUGAGAAGCAAAUACCCUCUUUUGUAACCCUGAAGUCAACAGAGAAUGUGGGCUUUUUCCCCAGUAAAAGGGGAAUGACUCGCUGGGGAGAGUUUGAUGACCUUCAUCACAUCAGCGGGGAUACACUGAAAUCUACUGAGGAGCAGCCAGACCUCGAGCAAAGUUAUCCAUGCUAUGAAAGUCACGCUCUCAGGUCCAGGAGGGAGCAGGAGCUCGACUGUGCCACCCUGCCCCGCAGCAGCAGCGAUGCCGCGGCCGUGCGCAGGAGGACCAAGCUCCCCACCAUCACCAGGACAGAAGUAGAAACUCACAGGUUCUCUAUCAAUGGCCACUUCUACAACCACGAGACAUCCGUUUUCACUCCGGCUUUUGGGUCAGAAACCAAAAUAAGAAUCAACAGCCAGAUGAGAACCAGACAAGUGAUAGAGCAGUUGCUUCGGAAGUUUAAGAUAGAAAACAGCCCCCAUGAAUUUGCACUUUACGUUAUCCAUGCAUCUGGAGAAAAGAAGCAGCUGAGGAGUAGAGAUGUUCCCUUGCUGCACAGGCUGCUGCAGGGGCCCUCUGAGAAGGUUGCCAAGUUCUUUCUCAUGGAUAGGGACGUGGAAGAGAUCAGCAGUGAUGUGGCUCAGUACAUUUCAUUCCAUCUUCCCUUCUUGGAAUCCAUUCUGCACAGAAUAAAUGAAGAGGAGAAGCAGGAGAUUCAACAGACAACUGCAAGGUACACACGAGAGAAGAGGCUGAUCCAGCAGCACCUGCGCAGUCGGAGCGUUCAGAAAACAGAGACCACGGUGUGAGGGGACGGC